AUGGCUAUCCUCAUUUAUUAUACCCUAAUUUUAGUACCUACUGCACUUGCUACACCUGAUUGUGGCCAGCAUGGAUUCUAUUAUGGCCGUCGUUUGCGGAUUCACUAUGUUGCCAAUGGAGAAAAAGGAAAACCCUUAAUGCUUUUCAUUCAUGGAUAUCCUCAGUUUUGGUAUUGCUGGAGGCAUCAGUUAAAGGAAUUCGGUAAAGAUUAUUAUGCAGUUGCAGUGGAUAAUCGCGGAUAUGGUGACACUGGACGUCCAACUCACAUGGAGGAUUAUGAUAUCAAGGAGUUAAUUGAAGACGUUAAAGACAUUAUUGUAGGCCUUGGCUAUGAAAAAUGCACAUUAGUUGCUCACGACUGGGGCGGAUUCAUUGCAUGGCACUUUGCUCAUUUCCAUCCCGAAUAUCUUGAAAAAUUAAUCAUUAUGAAUGCUCCGCAUCCUAGGAUAUUCAAGCAAUACAUGGAGACUCAUAUAACUCAAGCGCUAAAAUCUUGGUACAUCUUCUUCUAUCAAAUCCCCUAUCUUCCAGAAUUUGUGGAAUCGUCAUCUGAUUAUGAAUUGAUUGACAUUAUUAUGACUUCCGUCAUUCAUUCGGACCCUAAAACUAAGGAUAUAUUUACUAAAGAUGAUGAAGAAUGUUACAAGUACAACCUUAGCCGACCGAGUUGCUUAACAAGCGCAAUUAAUUAUUAUCGUCAGAAUGUAUUUAUCCCACCUUUACCAUUUAAGUAUGACAAAAUUACAGCUCCAACUUUAAUCAUCUGGGGUGAAAAAGAUGAUGCACUUAACAAAGAAUUAAAUAAUGGUAUUGCUAAAUACGUCGAUAGUGUUAUCUUAAAGUAUAUGGCUGAAGGCACUCAUUGGAUCAGCGAGCAAUUCCCCGAAGAGACUAAUAAACACAUGCGUGACUUUUUACAAUAG